AUGGAACCAGAGCCGUCCCUUGCCACUCUCCUUGAGGCUGUCACAGCCCUCACAGCCACAGUCGGGUCCCUACAGGACCAAAUCAGAUCACAAGGCCAACAGCUCAUUGAGCUCAAAGCCAUAUGCAAGGAGACCGCCGACUUACUUGGUGACAAGGACCAAGGAACCCAAGCCCAGCCUAGCACAUUGGUUGGGCCUGUCACUCCCCCCACACAUACAGGGGGAGAAGCGCACACUCCAGGAACGGUUAGGCCUGGACUCAAGGCCCCUUUCCGCCCAUCAAGAGGAACGGGCUUUGACUCAGAGGAAGAGGAAGAACCCAGGCGAGCCCCCAAAAAAGAGCCUCGCAACACGCCUAAACGGAGCCUCAGCUCCCUCACCCCAUUUGACUCAGGGUCCAGCGUAAAGCGGCCCAAAAUGGAGCUCCCCGACCCAUACAAGGGGGACGCCAGGGGAAGAAAGGUGUUGUACGCCAACUACACUGCUUAUGUAACUAACUACCUAGGCUAUACUAAUACCGCUUAG